AUGUCCGUUGUGGAGUGGCGUCGAAACUCAAGUCCUCAUCUGGGAACGUUGCCGAUGCCGUCGUCGCCUGUAUGGCGGAAAUCAUCGCACCCGCCGCUAAGCGUCAGUACUGCACCGUCGACGACCGCCAGCGCAUCCUCCGUUGAAGCGCCACCGUCGGUUAUGUCUAGUUCGUCAUGUGACACGGAUGAGACAGAUCAUCGAUCGUCACCGUCGUCAUCAGCUCGAAAUGGAGAAAGACCGGUUUCACCGGGUGUCUACCAAAGACUUAUUCUACACUCAGAAGAUAUGAAGAGUCUUGUUCGGACUAUAACUAACGAAGCGAAAAAUCUCAUACAUGCAGAGACGUGUUCGUUGUUUCUACUGGACAAUGAGCACAAGGAACUGGUUGCGAACGUAUUUGAUAAUGCAGGAGAUUUGUCGGAGAUUCGACUUCCGAUGACGAAAGGUGUUGUUGGACGAGUUGCAACAACGAGAGCAAUGAUGAACGUCCGUGAUGUUCAAAGAUGCCCGUUUUUCUAUGCUCGUGUCGAUCAACUGACCGGCUUCCAUACAAGGAACAUUCUAUGUUUCCCAAUCAUUGACAAUUCCGGUUAG